AUGGAAUCAGUUUAUGUUAAAGGAAGGGAAGAGAGAAUGUCAGGUGGUGAGAAGAGGAAAUGGGAAGGGCAUUUUGUACCCUCCAAAACGCCAAACCAUUCCAACAGUAACAAUCGUGGAGCCUAUCCUAAACAUGAGACAAGAUGGUGUUCCAAGUGCCGUAGUAAACAUCAAGGCCCGUGUUUCACCAACCCUACUCCCACAAGGUGUUUUAAAUAUGGGAAGGCAGGCCACACACGAAAUGAGUGUCCGAUCAAGGGACCCAUCUGUUUUGGAUGUGGAGAGCCGGGUCAUUUCAAGAACGAUUACCUGAAGUUAAAAGCGGGAGGGGGUCAGGGAAGAAAAGAAAGUACCUUGAAAGCAGCCGGACGAGCCUUCCAGAUGACUGCUGAAGAAGCUAAGGCAUCGACGGAUGUGGUGUCGGGUACGUUCCUUAUUAACUCCAUACUUGCACACGUACUGUUUGAUUCAGGUGCUUCAUGUUCCUUUGUGUCCACUAUGUUCCACCAACUUUUGCAUACGCCCCCUAGUGCUCUAGAAGAUGCUUUGAUCAUAGAGAUAGCAAAUGGUAGUCAAGUUCUGGUGCGCGAGAUCAUUAGGAGUUGCGUGUUGGGAAUUGAGGGAAAGGAAUUUUGGGUAGACCUCAUACCCAUGGCUAUAGGCGGGUUCGAUGUCAUAAUUGGGAUGGAUUGGUUGGCAGGGAACCAAGCGGAGAUAUGCUCUAAAAAGUUGAUCUGA